UAAGAAGCCAACAUAUUUUACAAAUUUAGCACAAAAAAAUUUGGUCCGGGCUCAAUCAAAAACGAUCUAUGUUAUUUCUUGACCGACCUUCCACCACCACCUCCUCUCACCGAUCAACCACGACGUCACUCUUAUAAUUUUGGCAUCGAAGGGUGUUCAGAUCACACGGUCUUUUUUGGGUUUUUUUAAAGUGAAUUUAUUAUACAGUAUAAGUUACUACCAGGUUGUAACCAUCACUAUUGGGAGAGUUAGCUGGGUUUCAUGCAUUCUUGUUGUAGAUUAUUGCCAUGCACCUCUGUGUCAAUUGGACUGGUAAGACGAAGAGCGUGUUCGAGCUGAUUCGAUGUCAGCAUCAAGCAGAUUUGAUCUAUCUUCUAGUAGCCCAGACAGGCCAUUGUAUGCCUCUGGGCAACGUGGGUCAUAUGCAUCUGCUUCAUUGGAUAGGUCGGCUAGUUUCCGUGAGAACAUGGAGAAUCCAAUCUUAUCUUCUCUUCCUAACAUGACAAGAAGUACUUCAACAAUAACACAAACAGAUGUCACUAACUUUUUUCAGUGCUUACGUUUUGAUCCAAAAGCAAUGGUGACAGAUCACAAACUUAAUAGGCACAGUGAUUUCAAGCGACUCACAGGUUUAGCUUUAGGCAUGCCAGUAGAGGAUUCUCCUGUGGUGUCUUCUAAAGGCAAACCGUCCUCUUCUCCCUUUCCAGAGGAAGCCAGGCGGCUGAAGGCCGGUCUUCGGGAAAGCUGCACUAAAGCUAGGGAACGUGUAAAGAUAUUCACUGAAUCUUUAUCGGUGAUCAACAAAUGCUUUCCCAGCAUUCCAUCAAGGAAGAGAUCUCGGUCAGAUAUCUUAUCAAAUGAACGACCCAAUGUGUUGUAUCCAAGUGACCGAUCAGUUUCAUCGGCAGGCAUUGGUAAAAUAGGGCCCCAGAGUGGUUAUGAGUUUGAGCUACAGAAGUCCGAAAAAAGGACCAAAAACUCUGUUCCAAAUAAACGCACUCGAACUUCUAUGGUGGAUCUGAGGCCGGAGGUACGAGCAAGCACUCCAUCAAGGCCAUCUGGGAGUAUGGACAGAGAUAGGGAGAUAUCGAGACUUCCAAAUGGUAGCACAGUUCAGGGAGAGGACCGGACAUCAUCCAUUGCUGUAGAGGGCUGGGAGAAGUCUAAGAUGAAAAAGAAACGGUCUGGAAUAAAGCCAGAUACUACUGGAAGCUCCUCGACAUCAAAACCUGUUGAUGGCCACAGGGAGCCAAAGCAAGGAUUGCAGUCCCGUCUUGUAGCUGAUGGCCGCUUGAGGCUUAGUGAUACCCAUGGCUUCAGACCUGGAGCUGCUCCAGGAAGUACUGGAACUGGAAAAACUGAUGGUGUAUCACAGCAAGCUCCUUUAGGAAUGCGUCCUUCUAUGUCUAAGGCUGACCAAGAUAACAGUCUCCAUCUCACUGAUAGAAGAGAUCAACAGCCGAUUGGUCCAGAGAAAGAAAGGGUCAAGAUCAGAGCUAUCAAAAAUAAAAUGAAGGCAGCUGCUCGAGAAAAUUUCACAUCUUCUAGUCCUACUUCAAGUACAAAAAUAAAGUCUGCUGCCCGUGCUCCACGAUCAGUUUCAGGCGUUGCACCAAAAUUGUCUCCACUGGUUCAACAGGCAGCUGCUGCUAAUGAUUGGGAAACCUCUCAAUGCACAAGCAGAUUUCCAUCUGCUGUGGGGGAAGGUAAUCGUAAACGCACCCCUUCUAUGAGGUCGUCAUCACCCCCCGUCGCUCAGUGGGCCAGCCAAAGGCCCCAGAAGAUCUCUCGACCUGCAAGAAGGGCUAAUUUUCCUAUCGUUCCCAAUAAUGAUGAUAUCCCUUCUCUUGAUAGCACAAGCGAUGCUCUCAGUAAUGAAAGGCGUCUUUGUGGUUCUUCCCCUCAACAAGUCAAAUUAAAAAACGAUCACUUCUCUUCAGCUGCUUCUGAAAGUGAGGAGUCCGGGACUGCUGAAAUCAAAUCCAAGGACAGGAGCAACAGGUCUGAUGAGGUGGAUGAAAAAUUUGGCCCCCCUGUUCAGAAGAUGUCUUUGCUGCUCCCACCAAGGAAAAAUAAGAGGGCUAGUGGGGAGGACCAUGGAGAUGGUAUUCGUAGGCAAGGGAGGACUGGGAGGAGGUUUACCGCCAAUAGGACCCCAAUGCCAUUGGUGGUUCAGAAGCUUGGAAAUGUUGGAACAGCAAAACAACUGAGAAGCUCUAGACACAGUCUUGAUAAGACUGAAAGCAAAGCAGGCCGACCUCCCACCAGAAAGCUCGCUGAUCGUAAGGCUUACAAACGACAGAAACAAGCGACAAUAAAUGCCUCUGCUGAUUUUCUAGUUGGUUCAGAUGAUGGGCAUGAAGAACUACUGGCUGCUGCAAGUGCUGUUACCAACACUGCUCAAGCCCUCUCUAGCUCAUUCUGGAAGCAGAUGGAGCCACUUUUUCGAUUUAUAUCAGAAAUCGAUACAACCUUUUUAAGGCAGCAGGUAAAUCAUGAGACCAACCUGGCAGGACCAGUAUCUGACCCUUUUGAUGCCGAUGGUUCCAGUUUAGUGCCAAAUGGUUUUGGGUUGAAUGAGGUUGGCGAAGAUACAAAUGAAACACAGAGUCUCGAAAGUACCCUGGACCAUAUGGUCUCCGGAAAGAGUAAACAUAAGGGUAUUUCCUUGUACCAAAGAGUGAUGGCAGCUCUAAUACCUGAAGAUCUUUCUUGCAAUGGGAAUGAAGAUCUUAAUUCCGAUAGUUAUCGAUCUGGAUUUGAGAUGGAGAUGAAUUUAGAAUCAGAUACUUCUUGUGCACAAAUGUUAUAUGGCAGUGAAACUUCCGAAUACCCUGCCUCUAAUGGAUACAUCAUAAAUGCCAGUGGGGGUCCCUUUGAUAAUGUGGAGCAAGUCAUGGACUAUAAUAAUGUUACAUCUGCCUCAGAGAUGGGGGAUUUUCUGAACUAUGACCAUUCACAAAAAUGUUUACUUCCACAACAGCGAACCUUGCCUGGCUUUGUUUGUUCGGAGUAUCAGUAUAAUGAGAUGUCUAUUGAUGAGAAACUUCUUCUUGAGAUUCACUGUAUUGGAUUAUAUCCACAAUGGGAGUCUGAUUUAGCACAUACAGGGGAUGAAGAAUUCAGCGUGGACAUGAGUAGAUUGGAUGAGAAGCACCAGGAAAUGGUUUCUAAGAAGAAAGAGAUGCUGGGAAAGCUAUUGAAUUCAGCAGCAGAGACGAGGGAGUUUCAAGAAAAGGAGUUCGAACAGCAUGCUGUUGACAAACUUGUGGAAAUGGCAUAUGAAAAAUAUAUGAGUUGUUGGGGUCCAAAUGUGCAUGGUGCAAAGAGUGCUAGUGGGAAAAUGGCCAAGCAAGCUGCCUUAGCGUUGGUCAAGCGAACUUUGGAUCGAUGCGUAGAAUUUGAAGAGACAGGAAAGAGCUGCUUCAGUGAGCCGUUGUACAAGAAUAUGUUCCUUUCUGCUAUAUCCCGCCUUAGUGAUGGACAAACAGAUUCCAACACUGACAGUGAAGCUGCAAAAUCUUAUUUUAGCCCACAGCAGAGCCCUUCUCUAAACCAGGAUAUACUUUAUGAAGCCAAUUUAUAUUCUGAAGCAAGUGGAGUCAAGCGGAGGGAGUUGGAAGAUGUCCUUGGUACUAGCAUUGCUGCAUCUUCUGGUGCUCUGUCAGGUGUUGGAAGUUCACUUUCAAGCAGUGCCAAAGGGAAGAGGAGUGAGAGGGACCGAGAAGGAAAAGGAAACGGCAGAGAGGCAUCAUCUCGUAAUGGAUCAAUAAAGAUUGGUCGACCUGCCUCUUCCAAUGUUAAGGGAGAAAGAAAGCCUAAAACAAAAUCUAAGCUGAAAACUACUCAAUUAUCCACUUCUGUCAAUGGCCUUCUAGGUAAGAUGUCAGGGCAAACUAAAGCACCAGCGUCUUCAAUAGUGAAUUCAAGUGAUAUCAGGGCCAGUGCUACUGGCAAGGAUAAGAAUGAUUAUGACUUGGAUGAAUUAGAGGAUCCCAUUGAUUUAUCUGGCCUGCAACUCCCUGGAAUGGAUGUUUUAGGUGGCCCUGAUGACCUUGACGGUCAGGGACAGGACUUAGGUUCAUGGUUAAACAUAGAUGAUGAUGGAUUGCAAGAUCACGACUUUAUGGGCCUUGAGAUUCCAAUGGAUGAUCUGUCAGAAUUGAAUAUGAUGGUUUGAAGUCAUCCUUGCUAUAAUUCCUAUUGAUUGCGGAUCUCUGGAGAAACGGGCUUCUGUGACCGUCCGUCUGUCCAUAUUUAGGGCUAUAUAUUCUUUCAGAUACUCGUACACAACUUCAUUUUUGAGUGAACUCUCCCACUCUUUUGGGUUUUAUCUCUUUCAACUUACUUUGACUGUAAAGAUUUUGUACAACUUUUAAGAUAGUAUUGUAGUUAUAGUACCAUAGAAAUGCUGUAUUUUAGCAAUACAGGUAAGGAAAUGAUGUCCUCUGUACAUAGACUGUAAGUGUUCAAUAAAAUCACUUUAUUUAAGUCA